AUGCUGAUUGGCUGAUAGGACGCUGGAGACAUAGGGACCCUGCUCGCAAAAAAAUAAAGGGUCUAAGACUCGGUAAGACCCUGGACGACUACACCCCUGCUGGGCAGUACGCCCCACUGAGAUCAAUUAGCCUCAGUCCCAGGGAAGCGUGCAUUAGGAUUGCAGCCGAAGGCUGGGAGCAAGCCCCACUGAACUCAGUGGGGCUUACUUCUGAGGAGGCACGUAGAGGAGGGCACGAAACCGUGUCCGGGGCAGAAGAGGAGAUUCUAUCUAGUCUGUGGGGCGCCGCCGCUUCGCAUUAAUGAAAAUGGAGUCAAAACUGGAAUGAUGAAUGGGUGACUGUGUGGAGACGACUAAUGGGGGCAGCCGUUGGGAACAGCAGCGGGCGCAGCCGGAGGAGGAGGCGGGGUCCAACUUCGGCGGGACAGGGACAACUGGAGUUCCGAGGGCACAGGCCAAGCUAAGGGGCCGCUGCUACUGCCGCCGCCGCCGCCUCCUCGUCUCUUCACGAGGGCCGGCGCCGCGGCCGAACGACUCGCCGUUUUGACGCGCACGUGCGCCAGCAACGGUUAACAGCUGGAUUACUAAGCUGCAGCACAAAGAAUAGGAUUCUUCACUUCUCUCGGACCUUUGAACUGAAUUUAAAAAUUGUCCAUGCGAUUUUCCACCACACCAUUUUAACGUGGUAGAAUCCUGAUCCCAGAGCCCUUAUGGAUUCAUCUUUGCCUCAUUCCACUCCUCCCCAGAAUACAGCCUCGGAACUGGAAAACAACACCAUUCAGAAGCAGAGGAAAGAACUCCUGCUGUUAAUUGCAGAGCUGAAAGAUCGUGAUAAAGAGCUCAAUGAUAUGGUCGCAGUGCAUCAGAGGCAGCUGCUGGCAUGGGAGGAUGAUCGUCAAAAAAUACUGACACUGGCAGAACGGUGCAGCAAGUUGGAGGAUGAGCUGCACAAGAGAAAUGAGAUGAUUACCACGCUGACCAGAAGGUUAAAGCGCCUUGAAUCUCAGCAGAACAACCGCAAGAUGACACUUGAGACUACUCAGCAGAAGCUUCAAGAACUCUCUCGGAAAGCAUCUGACACAUCACUCCACUGCCAGGCCCUUGAGGAGAAGAAUCAAGGUCUCAGUUGCUCAGUGAUGAAGCUGUCCAAUAGAGUAGGACAACACCAAGCCAGAGAACAGGAGCUGCUUACUAUGUUAAAGUUAAAGGAUAAUGAUAUACUUGAAGCAACCAAUCACAUUACUGAAUUUACAUGUAAAUUUAAAAAAUUAGAAAAUGCUCUACGUGCAGCAAAGAUGGAAGAGUCAAGCAUCAACAGGGAAAAGCAGGAUUUUAAACUCAGGCUGAAGGAACUUAUGUUGGAAACAAACAAAUUAAAAGGAGACCUCACUGAGAAAACAAAAGAAAGCAACGAACAGAGGGAGGAAAUCAUACGCCUCAAACAAGAAAAUGGUUGUUUGAAUACUGAAUUGAUGCUUAGUGCUGAGAGAGCAAACAGAAAAGACCAGCUGCUUCAGUCUGCCAAAUCUAAGCAACUACGGACUGACACAGAGCUGAGCAAUUUGCGACAGAUCUAUAUGAAGCAGCAGAGGGAUCUGCAGUUUCUGCAUUUCAACUUGGAGAGUUCCCAGGAAAUGAAGCAGAAAUACAAGGCAGAGGCACAGGAAGCCAGCAGAGGGAUGGUUUUGUCAGAUCUCGAGAGUAGCAGCGACAGAGACACGGUGCAUUGCGAAGUCAGUCAGAAGAUACAUACCCGGUUCAUGCAUGCUCCCAGCUGUAGUUCGACAAAUACCUGCCAAGCAUGCAGAGCUGAGAAUAGGCUGCAAAUGGGCCCUGAGGAGAGACUGCCAGCAAGCUUGGAUCAAUUUCAGGAAGGGCUGUUUUACGGGCCGAGGACUCUGCAUAGAGAAGAGUUGAAGCAGAGCGGUUCCUUUAGUGCUGGGGAGACAGAGAGCAGACCUAUCUCCCAGUCGGAGACCGUGUGGAAGGCAGACGGCAGGGCAUCAGAGCCAAACUGUGUGGCAUCUUUGCCAAUACAUGAGCAUUGGCUUGACCUGACUUCCUAUGCGGAGCCCUCAAACAGCCAGAGUCGUGUGUCGGGGAAGUCUGGCAAAUCCAGUGAGGAUACGGAGAUGGACACACUUGGGAUUUCAUGUGGGCCAAGUCCCAACAAGCCUCCCAGUUCAGCUAAAGGGAUGGAUUCGGGCUACUGUUCCCACAGCUCCAUCAACAAAGCCACCCUGAACCAGCCCGUAAGCGACCAGGAGUGGAUGCAGAUUUUCAGGCCUGUAAAAGCAGAAGGAGAUUCAUGGUGUGGAGCUUUUCCCAAUAGUCCUCAGGCUGGGAUUAAAUGCACCAAGUCUAAAAGCAGUGACCAAGAUGUGGAUCUGAAAUUUUUGGACUUGAAUGCUCCAUGUCUGACAUCAACACAAAAGACAAGUGGGAGUAAAAGACACGAGAAGUUGUUGGACAUGGAGCUGCCUUUGGAGCUCACAAGCUUAACAGACGUCCAGGCAGCCAAUGGGUGCUGCCAUCCUACUGUCCGCCAUGAUUCCUGCUCACCCACCAGUAAGCUGCAACAGCUGCUUGCCGAAUCCCAACAGAUGGUAGCAGACCUUGAGCUCAGCAACCUGCUUGGUGCCAGCCCCGGCUGCAGUCCCAACAACAGCCUUCAUAUGGCAGCGGAGUAUACCGAAUCUGUUUGCAAAGGGAGAUUGCCAGCUGUGGAGGAAAGUGAGAUGAAACUCUCCCUUUUUUCUUUAUAACCUCAGGAGAUUAUUGUUGUAUGUUAAGCUCAACAAACAGUCACCCAAUCUCCUACAGCUCAUCUAAAUCUCUCGAAACCUCAUAAGUGGCAGAGACCUGUGACUAAAUACUGGCAUUCAUUCCUUAUUUUUUAUUUUUAAAACUAGAAUUAUGCUGAAAUUAAUAAAAUGACUUCACAAUAGAUCUAUGCUCAGAUUAAUUGCAAGUAUAUUUUUGGAAGGUUAUUUAAAUACAUAAUUGCUCAUUCAAAAGUUAUUUUUAAAAAAUAAAGAUUUUUUCUUGGCUUUUCCCUGUCAUUGUACAAAUAUUCUGCAUUUAGGGUAGGAGACUAAAGUGUUCAUAUAUGCUCAGUGUUUUACCGCUGGAUCCUUUUCAUCCCUUAUAUGAAGUAUUUCAUAAACAAAGGAACACUCUACACUGUUGUUGGAAUAUAUGCAUUUUAUAUGUAUGAGCCAUUGUCCACAAUGUGGAGAAAAGAUUUUAACCAUAAUCCAGGAGGAAGUUUCUCCUCCACAAAGCCCCACUGAAAUCAACAAGAGCUGUAGUCACAGCUACUGCAGAUUUCAAUGGGGCUUGUGAAUGGGAACCACUUUCUGGAUUAUGCCUGUCUGGUCUAGGCCUUGACUCCGGAUUGUAAUGGGAGUAAGGCCAUACCAUGCAGACUGUGCUUACCUGGCUAUGCCGGCAACAAUAUAUACCUUCUGUUAGCUGCACCUUGUUUGUCUUUUAGCUGUGCCCUAUUGGUCUGUGUGUGUUUCAAAAUA